AUGUUAUUUAUGUUUGAUUUAGAUCAGUGUAAAAAUUUGCAAGAACUAAAUGUCUCUAAAUGCGAAGGAUUAAAUGAUGAAGUAAUGAGAUACGUGUCAGAAGGCUGCCCAGCUCUUACCCAUCUGAAUAUAGCUCACACAGAUAUUAGUAAUAGAACACUGAGACUAUUGUCAAGAUGUUUCCCCAACUUACAGAAACUUAGUUUGGCUUAUUGCAGGAAAUUCACAGAGAAAGGCUUACUGUACCUGAGUUUAGGCAAAGGAUGCCACAAGAUCACCGAUUUGGACCUUUCAGGUUGUACUCAGAUUUCAGUUCAAGGCUUCAGGGAUAUUGCAUGCAGCUGCACUGGAAUAAAGCACUUGGUCAUCAAUGAUAUGCCAACUCUGACGGAUAGUUGUAUAAAAGUUUUAGUUGAAAGGUGCAAAAAUAUCACAUCUGUAGUAUUCAUUGGUUCACCACAUCUCUCUGACACUGCUUUUAAAUAUCUUACUGACUGCUCACUUAGCAAGGUUCGAGUUGAAGGGAAUAAUCGGAUCACUGACUUAACUUUCAAACUUCUGGAUAAGUGUUAUGAAGAUCUCCGCCAUAUUUACAUGACUGAUUGUGAGAGGAUUACUGAUGUCAGCCUUAAGUCAAUUGCUAAUUUGAAGAAUCUCGUUGUAUUGAAUUUAGCAAAUUGUAUAAGAAUUGGUGAUGCUGGCCUAAGGAGCUUCCUUGUUGGACCUUCAAGCUCAAAGCUUAGAGAACUGAAUUUAACUAACUGUACCCAAAUAAGUGAUCUUGCCCUUGCACAAAUGGGAGAAAGGUGUCGUAGUCUGACCUACUUGAAUUUACAUAAUUGCACACAGUUGACUGAUUGUGGGAUUGAGUUCAUUACACGGCUUCCCAAGUUGAUUUCAAUCGAUCUUUCUGCAACAGACAUCACUGAUGAGGCUUUGACAUCACUCUCCAGUCAUAAAAGGUUAAAAGAACUUACUGUUUCUGAGUGUGAAUUUAUCACGGAUUCAGGGAUUAAGAUGAAUGACUUGGGCAUAAGGAUUUUGAGCAAAAAGUGCCAUUACCUUCACUUCUUGGAUAUCUCUGGAUGUGUACACCUUACUGACAAAACCAUUGAAUACCUUCUGGAAGGCUGCAAACAGCUUCGUGUCUUGAAGAUGCGGUACUGCAGGCGGAUUUCCAAUGUUAGCACAGGGGUCCCCUAUAAUCUUUUUGGCCAGUUGCCAGAUCCCUUUACCAUCUCUGGCUUGAGAGCUGCUGAAGCUGCUGUAGCUACUUCUGUUGCCACCACCUAA